CGUCGCACGGUUUAGCUCGCGCAUAGUGAAGACAUAUAUAAUAUCAAUAAUAUGAUAGCUUUAUAUAAAUUUUUAGUUCUUCCUCUAUUAAAUCCGCGAGUAAACGAAAAUUUACUUAAUUUAAAAAUAAAAAUACGUAUUUAAAAUAUUAAAUAAUCAAGACAAAUUAAUUAAUCAUGAGUAUUUCUCAAGACAGUGCAGCGACGAUUGUCUGUCGCGAAGUCUUUGACGAGGCUUCGCAUCCUUCUAAUGAAGAGAUUAUCGAUUAUGCUAAACGUAUUGGCAUCAAUCCAGUUACGGAACCACACCUCCUUGAUCUUGCGCGCGAAGGUCUGAUGGCAGCUCUGCCGAAAGGAUGGUCCCCCUGCUUCCACGAAACCUUCCAGAGCUGGUACUACUUCCAGGCCUCAACGGGAAUCACCUCGUGGGAGCAUCCACUGGAUAAAACGUACAAAGAAUUGGUCAAAACAGCAAGAGUUUCCCAAAGUCGACAGCAAAGUCUUGACGAUGACUCCAAGACAACGGCUAAGGAUCUUGAAUCCCAUGAGGAAGCAACCAUCCCCAAAGAACCUCCACCGUCAAAAGUGCCCGUCCUCCAGACCAAAAUACCCACUAAAUUGGCGCCGCUUAAGAAAUCCGCGAGCGAUAUUUCACGGCGCAAAGAUCACAGAAGAUCUACCAGUGAGGCCAGAUUGCCCAUCAACUCAAUGUUCGACCGCUCGUCGAGGGACUACACGAACCUCCAAUUUCAGGAUCCCAAGUUCUAUGAAAGUCCUAAAAUACUCAGUCCCGAGAGGGAAAUAAACCUCAGGGAAAUAGUAAAGCGUUCUGAGUCGAUGAGUCCGAGGUACGAAAAGGACUGGGAACAGUUGUCAAGUAAGUUUAGUUCCGAAGAGAAUGUUAUUGAUAUUGACAAACUGAGCAUCAGCUCGUUGACCAAGUCAGAGGGGAGGCCAAUUGUCGAGAGAUUUGACAAGGAAAAGCAUCCAAGCCAGCUGAUGAACAAGCAGAAGGAGUUGACUUUAACUGGUGGCGGGUCCAUGUUCUUGAAGAGCAAUCGAAGUCGAGAUAAUACUCCUUGUCAUGAUGGCGGUAGGUUUGAGGAUUUUCAGAUUCAUGGGGUCAAUACCAAUAACAACAGCUACUGUCUUGAGAGACCCAAGUCCAUUCUUCGGGAGAAGCCUUCUGAAGAUGACGAUCGGCCUACCGAAGAGGAACGAAAAAGUGUACGCUUUGAUCUCGAAAAAGAUAAUUUGGAAGAUAUUAAAUUCACUUACUCGGGUUCUGAAGACGAGGACUGGGACUCGGAAGUUUCGGAACCAAAGUCUGACCACAAUGAAUCCAAAGAUGAUGCAGCUAAUGGAGGAAAUGAGGAUAAGCUGAGUGUUAAGGGUGAGGGCAGUUCGUUCGAUAAAUUGUUGUUGAGUCCUGGAAGUUCAAAAAUUGUUGGCAAUCGGUUUCUUGUUCAAGAAGUAUCAGAAUCAGAACACUUGAGCCAGUUGAAUAAAGAGGAUUCCAAAGAUGAUAUGGAUUAUUUGCCAACGAAUAAGUUUAUUAAUAUUAAGAACAUUGAUUUGUUUUCCAAAAGCGACACUGAGAGCACGCCAAGAACCAGCGGGAAAGAUGACUCCAAGUCUGUGGAACAGAGUGUUGAUAGGGAACUGGUGCAAGCUAGUCAUCUGAUUAAACUAAAAUCAGAUCUUGAAGUUGUUGAUCAGGAGCGCAAUAAAAAACGAAGGAAUCUUGAUGAGGAUAUUAAAAGCGCAAUUACUAGACAGCAUGAGCGGGAAAUUGUUGGUUUGAAGAGAGAGCUAGAAGAGAGGGUGGACAGAACGAGGAAGGAAAUGGAGGCUAGUUUUAAUGAGGAGCGAUUGGAGAUGGAAAAAGUAAUGCAAGUAAAAUUAGAGGAACUGCGAAAUCAGUUGUUGCAGAAAGAGCAAGAAGAGAUUAAUAAUUUGGUAGCUGAGAUGGACGAGGCGAGGAGGAAAAAUUUGGAAAAAGUGAGAAAUGAAUUGGAAGCUUGCUAUGAAAAAGAAAGGCAGGAAAUUUUUGUUAAAUUGAAGAAUGAGUUGGAUGAAAAGAAACAGGAGAUGCUGGAAUUGAGGAACCAUGAGAUUGAGAAAAUGGAGAAUGAGUACGACAAGACACUGGAUGAAGAAAAAGCCCUAAAAAUAGCUGAGCAUGAUUUGACUCAGAAACAGAAUCAAAAGAUUGAAGAAAUGAAAAAAGAACUUGAGAAGGAGUUUGAUGAUUUAAGGAAGAAGUUGAGGGCUGAGCAGAGAGAAAAGAUGACUAAGAUCACUGAAGAACAUGAAAAGUGUUUGGCUGAAAUUUCACGUGAUUAUCGCGUUGAAGAAAAUAUGGCCAGGAAAGUUUUCAAACAGAAAUUGGACGAAAUUCGCUCAGACUUUUCACGCGAAAUCGAAAAAGAGGCAAAAAAAAUAUCAGAACGUGCUACGCGACAGGAUUCCAUUGACUAUGACAAAAUUCGUUGCGAAAAACGAAUUCUCGAAGAUAAAUACAAAACAUUGAAAGACAAAUACUUGAAAUUAAAAAACGACGUCCGUCUGGCCGUGGAAAAAAGAAGCAAACGCAAAGAGGGUAACACGACGGCCUCUGAAACUGAGAAAUCUGCUUCCACGAGAACCAGGACCGAGAGAACAGAGUCCCUGACCCAAAAAACAUCAUCGAAAAAUGUAAGCUCGAGUUCAAAACCAGAGGUCCACAAUCAGAACAUCGCCGACAACUCCGAGAGCCAGCAGUCCUUAGGAUUUCAAAGGUUCAGCCGCGCCGAUUCCCGAGACUCACGAAGCGGAAAAUUUGAGUCUGACGACACCACGACGGCCAGCGAAACCAUGAACUCGAAUAUUCUACAGAAGAAAAAGAGCCACAGCAAGAAGUCGCCUGGUUCAAAAGUCACCCAUAAUAAUAACAAUAUUGCGGACAAUCCGGUGGAAAAUAUUCGAAAGCAGUUGGAGAAAUUGGAAGACCUAGGUGAUCAAUUACCUACUAAUGAAAAUGCUUAUACGUUGAGAUACCCUUUCCAAGAUAAAGUGCCAGUGAAUGCCUCAUCAGAGCUAGAAUUCUUUAGACAUCGAAUCCAUGUGGAACGAGACUCUGUAAAACGGGCACGCGAAACUUUGAGAGCACAGAAAAAUAUAUUCCAGGGCGUGCAGAAGGCCUGGAAAGAACGGAGUGCUCGAGCUACUUUGGAACAACUUGUUCAAGAGGAACGAGAGCUUUCAGAUAUGGAGGUCAGUCUACACCGUACCAAGAGCUUGCUCGGUGAAAAGGUUAUUCAUCUGAAGCAUCUCGAGCAGUCAUUAGAGCGGGUCGCGAACGCCAAGAAAAAUGAAAAUGAUAUCAGUCCAAUUAAAAGUGAUGAAUUGACUUUGAGUGAUAUUUCUAGUGCCAGUAGCGGGUUUUCUUCAACUGAUUUGGAUAAACCAGAUUACUAUCAAGAGUCGACAGAAAUAAUAGCGAGUUUAGAAAAUUUGAAUUCCGAAAUACGUGAAAUUUGGAACGUAUUAAACAAACGUCGCGGGAAUAAUGUACCGCCUCCACCAAAUUUAGAUGGUCCCGACACCAGAUGGUUUCCAUUUCAACAUUUGACCACUCAGUCAAAUAAUAUUCAAGGUUUUGGAACUCCGAACAUCCAAUCAAACAUUUUGUCACAACUGACGGCCCAUCCGCCGACGACAACGCAAAAUAUAAUUGCUCAAUAUGGACCAAACAGUGGAUUCACAACGAGUGUUGGAACCGUGGAACGCGGCUCGAAUUUGAUCGAGCGAACGCGAAAUAUGCGCGACUGGCUGAGACAAGCGCGGGUUGAGACCACGGAUUUGAUCAGCACUGGACAAGCAACUCUAUGAGUUUAAAUUUUUUAACUAAUCAAAUAUUGAUAUUGAUAUUGACACUGAUACUAAUACUGACAUAGUAGAGACAAGAAUUGAUUAUUAUUAUAAAUUGAUAACUCUUAAUAAUUAAUCAAUUUAUAUAUUUUAGAUAACUUUUUCUUUGUCCUUGUAAAUUUAUUUCGCUGUAAAUAGUUGACUGAUUAACGAUUGAUAUUGUACAGGAAAGAGAAAGUAAUUUUUAUGAAAAAUUAUAGUUGAUCAUUUGUUUUAUCAUUUUAC